AUGAAGUUGAUUAGUCAAAAAAAUGGUUCAGCUAAUACUAGUGAGGCCAUAAUAACUUUGUUGCCUCAGGAAAAAGAAGAUCUUUUUACCCUAUAUAAUAUUAUCAAUAAGGAUGAUGAGAUUAUCUACAAGAAGAAGCUGUCGCUCAAAGCCGAUGAGAAUAGCAAGAAAAAGACUACUGAGCUUGUUAAAUUGCGUAUAAAGAUUGUCUCGUCUGAGUUUGAGCCAAAACAUGAAUACUUAAAGUAUAAAGGUGUUACUACUGAAGAUGACUUCUCCAACGCAAAUGUCGAUGUGCCGGUUGGAAAAUUCUACAGCAUGGUAGUCAAUUACCAAUACCCAUUUACUAUCAUUAAGCAUGACUUCAACUCUUACUGUCAGAAGCUCUUGAAAGAAUCGUGCAAUGUGGAAGGCCGUUCUGACAUAGCAGCAGUUGUUUUACAAGAAGGUAUUGCUCACAUAUGUAUGCUCAGCCCUUCGUCUACUAUUUUAAAGCACAAGGUCGAGUAUAGCUUCCCUAAAAAAAAAAGAGAGACUGAUAUAAUGAAGUUUAACGAGAAGCUGGAGAAGUUUUAUAAAGCUACGUAUACCUCGAUGUUGAGGCAUUUUGAUUUUGACAAGGUAAAGGUGAUCCUACUGUGUUCGCCUGCAUUUUAUGCUAAGAUUUUACAUGAAAAAAUACUGCAGUAUGCACAGGAGGAUCAGAAUAAGACCGUUCUGGACAAUAAAUCAAAAUUUUUAGUUGCGCAUUGUUCAACAGGUUAUCUACAAGGCCUCACGGAAGUCAUGAGAGACCCAUCUUAUUCUUCAAUGCUAAAAAAUGCCAGAAACUCACAGGAGACUCGUAUACUAGAUGAAUUUCUGAGCCAUUUGAAUAGCGAUGACUACAAAGCCUGGUAUGGUAGGCAAGAAGUUGAGAAGGCAGCAGACUUGGGAGCCAUAGAUUUAUUGCUGUUGACCGACACAUGGAUGAGGUCAGACGACGUUGUCAUUAGAAAGAAGUCCUUAGACUUAGUUAAUAAUGUGGAAAAAAUGGGAGGGAAGGCUAUAAUAUUCAGUUCCAUGCAUGCAUCAGGAGAACAAUUAGAUCAACUUACUGGUUUGGCAUGUAUAUUGAAAUAUCCAAUUGCUGACCUCGACGAAGACCUUGAGGAUGAGGAUGAGGAGGCCUAG